AUGCACCUGUUCGGCGGUCUGGUGGUGGUGCUCGGCUCCGUCGCCUUCACGCUCGUGAACAUGGUAUGCUUUUACUGUAAGUUCUCCGGUCACUUCGAGAACAUGGAAGGUGGAGGCGACGUGGCGCGAGAUUCAACUCUGGGAGAAGGCUGCUGCGCCUACGGCGGCGACGCUGGAGAUGGAGGAUACGUUGGUGUUGAGAAGUUGGAUAAACUGGCCAUGCCGAUGUCUAGUAGGGUGCUUGACUUUCUGGGCUGA